CUGAGAAAGCGACUUUGCGCCACAACGACGGAUGCCUGUGACUGCCACCCGUCGGCGUCCCUAGGCGCUUCGUGCGACGCGGAGAGCGGGCAGUGCACCUGCCGGAACAGCUACGGCGGCCGUCAGUGCCUCCACUGCCAAGUGGGCUUCUACGACUACCCCACCUGCAAACUGUGUUCGUGCGACCCGACGGGCACUACGGAGGAGGUGUGCAGCAACCAGACGGGCCAGUGCCUGUGCAAGCCCCAGUACGGGGGCCCACGCUGCGACCAAUGUGCCCCGGGAUUCUACAACUUCCCCAACUGCAUUCCCUGUGAAUGCGACAGCAAGGGCUCCCUGGGCAAUUCGUGCGACAACGCGGGCAAGUGCCACUGCCUGGCCAGCUUCACGGGCCUGCGAUGCGACCAGUGUGCCCCGGGCUACUACAGCUACCCAGACUGCAACCCCUGUGGCUGCGACUCGUACGGAUCCGUGGGACUGUCGUGUGGGAGCGACGGCACCUGCUUCUGCAAGCCCAGCUUCGACGGAGAGAAGUGCGACCGCUGCAAGAAGGGCUUCUACAACUAUCCCCUCUGCGAAGGCUGCAACUGCAACCCGGCGGGGAUUCUGGCGACGUUUGGAGGCUGCGGCAGCCUGACGAGCGGGGAGCUGUGCGAGUGCAAGGAGCGCGUCACGGGACGCAUCUGCGACCAGUGCCGCCCGCUCUACUGGAACCUCAAGCCGAGCGACCCGCAGGGUUGCGAGGACUGCGAGUGCCACUCCCCGGGCACCCUGGGGGGGCUGCGGGUGUGCGACGGCCAGAGCGGCCAGUGCCUGUGCAAGCCCAACGUGGGCCAGCGCCAGUGCACAGAGUGCCUCGACGGGACCUUCCACCUCCAGGACCAGGACCUGCUCGGCUGCCAGGACUGCCAGUGCGACGUGGGCGGAGCGGUGGGCAGCUCGUGCGACGCCCGGAGCGGGCAGUGCCAGUGCCGGCCCCGCAUCACGGGGCGCCGUUGCUCGGAGCCCCUGCAGGCGCACUUCUUCCCCACGCUGCACCAGCACAAGUACGAGGUGGAGGACGGACACACCCCCAGCGGGGUCAACGCCCGCUUUGACUUCGACAGCGGCCUCUUCCCGGGCUUCUCCUGGAAGGGCUACGCCAUCUUCUCCAACAUUCAGAAGGAGAUCCUGAUUGACCUGCACAUCCAGAAGCCUGGGCUGUACCAGGUGAUAGCGCGCUACGUGAGCCUCAACGGCGACAAUGUGUACUGCAACAUCAGCUUCACUCCGGACACGUACGGAGAGAGCAAGCAGACGGAAACGCUGGUGCUGCCCCCGAGCCGAGAGCCCCGCUUCCAGGGGGUGGUGGGGCAGGACGGGGUCACUGCCCUCCCCUUCGUGCUGAACCCCGGCCGAUGGACCCUUUCCAUCAAGGCCCCCCGGCCCGUCUUCCUGGACUACAUGGUGCUGCUGCCCGAGGCCUUCUACGAGGCGACGCUGCUGCAGGAGCGGGUGCGCCACCCGUGCCUGCGGGGGGGCAACAUGGCGGGCCCUUGCCGCCAACUGCGCUACCCGGCCCUGCCGGACACGGCCGUGCCGGUGGCCGCCGCCCAGGGAGCGGACGGACAGGGUGCCCCCGUGCAAAUUCUCGACGACGCGGACGUCCUGGAGGAGCUGCACAGCGGGCCCAUGGCUCACCUGGACGAAGACCACGGGUCCCUGCGGCUGGACCUGCGAGUGCCCAGGGCCGGGCCGCACGCCCUGGUCUUCUUCUACCACUCGCUGGACAAUGACGGCUCUGUGGCCGCAGACCUGGUGCUGUCGGGCGCCGACCGGCUGGCCACGGGCAGGGCAAACUUCCACCACUGCAACUACAACCUGCUCUGCCGACAGGGGGAACCACGACAACUGCCUCAUCUGUGCCUGCCCGAUCCCGUUGCCCUCCAACAACUUCGCCGACAGCUGCGAAGUGUCUCCGAGCGGACAAGAGAUUAGCUGCAACUGCAAGAAGGGCUACUACGGACCUCGUUGCGACGUCUGUGAUGCGGGCUACUUUGGCGAGCCCGACGUGAUUGGCAGCAGCUGCAAGCCGUGCGAGUGCAGCGGCAACAUUGACCCGGCCAACCCGGCCUCUUGUGACUCGGUGACGGGGGAGUGCGUGCUGUGCCUCAACAACACGUCCGGACCCGCCUGCGAACUGUGCGCUCCGGGAUUCUACGGCGACACCAUCUCGGUCAAGGACUGUCGCAAGUGCUCCUGCAACCAGUGCGGCAUGCACUCCUGCAAUCCCCUCCAGGGCACCUGCAACUGCCACUCCAACGUGGAAGGGAGCCUCUGC